AUGGAAAAUUCUCUCGGGAUUCGUCCCGGGUACGAGUUCUCGCCCUCAGGGAUGGAAAAUUCUCUCGGGAUUCGUCCCGGGUACGAGUUCUCGCCCGCCCGGAUGGAUAAUUCUCCCCAAAUUCUAACGGGGUACGAGUCAUCGCCGGGUUUACGGAUGGAAAAUUCUCCCGGGAUUCGUCCCGGGUACGAGUUCUCGCCGGCUCAGAGGAUUAGCAGAAGCUCCGGGUCUCGGCCCGGUAGCAUGCUGUUGCCCAAAGACAGGAAAUUGCUGAGAAAAAGCAAUAUUCCUGCAAAGCAGAUGAAAUUGCCUGAAAAUGGCAAUAUUCCUGCAAACAUUUGCCAGCUUUAUGCUGAGUCAAAGCAGAUGAAAUUGCCUGAGAGCAAUAUUCCUGCAAAGCAGAUGAAAUUGCCUGAAAAUGGCAAUAUUGCUGCAAACUUUUCCCAGCUUUAUGCUGCGGCGAAGCAGAUCAAAUUGCCUGAAAAUGGCAGUAUUCCUGCUAAUCUUUGCCAGCUUUAUGCUGAGGCGACGCAGAUGAAAUUGCCUGAAAAUGGCAAUAUUCCUGCUAAUCUUUGCCAGCGUUACGUUGAGACAUGUCGUGGAGGCGGUAAAAGGAACCCCUCACAAGUUGACAAGUCCGGCAAAAAAGCCGAGUCAUUGCCACUUCAGAAAUGUCACUCUGCUCCGACAUCUGAAGGAAAAUCCCGAACAAAACGGGCUUCAAAAGGCAUGGGGUUUGCUUCCCGAAAGAGAAAGUCGCAGCUGUCUAAAACACAAGACUGUCGGCCAUCUGUAAAGACUUCUGUUCAGAUUGAACAGCAAGAUCAUCGCACAGAACAGUUCGAGGAUGUCGAAAGUCUCUCCCAAAGUAUGGAUUCAUUCCAAUUUGAGGACUUGAUUGAAACAAAUCCUCAUUUGAAACAGAAUAAGGACAUUCCAUACGAGCCAUUAAAACAUUUCAAUGGUCACUUUUCGGAGGAUAACAUCUUUGAUCUUAUGCCAUACGUCCUGUUAAGUGAAAUUCUUCCGGAAGAAUUCAUGGCCGCUCAUUAUAACGGAGGCUUUCAAGGGGACGUGAGCUGUAGUUUAAUCUUCCCUCGCAUGUUUCUUGAAGACAUUCAGAUAGACCAAAGAGAAUGGCUAACUGUCGUGGGAUUAGUCUUCGGUAUGGUUGAGUUCCUCCCGUACUUUGAUAGAAACUUUGGAUUUCUGGCUGCAAGAGAAUCUCAAGAUCUUCCUGCGUUCAAGUCCAGCAACAUAAUCGGCAGACGGCUGAGGAAAACUCAAGUAAGGUUGACGCCUCUCCAAAGAAACCCAGGGCUUCCCCAAGCAAUAAGUCAGCUGAGGACAAACUUAUGA